GGUUUUUAUCAUUUGAGAACAUGUCUGGCCGUGGAAAAGGUGGAAAGGGUUUGGGAAAAGGGGGCGCUAAGCGCCACCGCAAAGUCCUGCGAGAUAACAUCCAAGGCAUUACUAAGCCCGCUAUCCGCCGUUUGGCUCGCCGUGGCGGAGUGAAGCGUAUCUCUGGCUUGAUCUACGAAGAGACUCGAGGGGUGCUGAAGGUGUUUCUAGAAAACGUCAUCCGCGAUGCCGUGACUUACACCGAGCACGCCAAGAGGAAGACGGUGACUGCCAUGGAUGUGGUGUAUGCCUUGAAACGCCAAGGCCGUACCCUGUACGGAUUUGGCGGUUAAAUGCCCUGAACUUUUCAAAAAGUAAAUCAAAAGGCCCUUUUAAGGGCCACCCACUUCCUCGCUAG